UCCAUCAUCCAGUCACAGAUGAGGACACAGUGAAGAGGUACUACGCAAAGUUUGAAGAAAGGUUUUUCCAGACCUGCGAGAAGGAGCUCCUGAAAAUCAACACUUUCUACUCAGAAAAGCUUGCUGAGGCUCAGAGACGGUUUGCCACGCUGCAGAAUGAGCUGCAGUCCUCCCUGGACGCGCAGCGGGAGAGCAACGCCCCCCCCGGCCUGCGCAAACGCAAGACCGUGUUCCACCUGUCGCAGGAGGAGCGCUGCAAACACCACAACAUCAAGGACCUGAAGCUAGCCUUCAGCGAGUUCUACCUCAGCCUCAUCCUGCUGCAGAACUACCAGAACCUGAACUUCACCGGCUUCCGGAAGAUCCUGAAGAAACAUGACAAGAUCCUGGACACGUGUCGCGGGGCGGACUGGCGCGUGUCUCACGUGGAGGUGGCGCCUUUCUACACCUGCAAGAAGAUCACGCAGCUCAUCAGUGAGACCGAGGCUCUGGUGACCACAGAGCUGGAGGGGGGGGAUCGCCAGAAGGCCAUGAAGAGGCUGAGAGUUCCACCACUGGGAGCAGCUCAGCCCGCUCUGGCCUGGACCACCUUUCGUGUGGGGCUCUUCUGCGGCUUCUUCAUCAUUCUGGCCAUCGCCUUCGUUCUCACUGGUGCUGUUUUCAUCCGCUUUGAGAACGUGUGGCCUCUGGUGCGGAUCUAUCGUGGUGGUUUCCUGUUGAUCCAGUUCCUCUUCCUCUUGGGCAUUAACACCUACGGAUGGAGGCAGGCUGGAGUCAACCAUGUCCUCAUAUUUGAGAUCAACCCUCGAGACAACCUGUCACACCAGCACCUGUUUGAGAUUGCUGGUUUCCUGGGCGUGUUGUGGUGUCUCAGCAUCCUCUCCUGUCUCUACUCCAAGUACAUCUACCUCCCCAUGCAGAUUAACCCUCUCAUCCUUUACGGUUUCAUGGUGCUAUUCCUCAUCAACCCUCUCAAGACCUGCUACUACAAAUCCCGUUUCUGGCUCCUCAAACUGCUGUUCCGUGUGUUCACGGCCCCCUUUCACCGCGUGGAAUUCGCAGACUUCUGGCUGGCGGAUCAGCUCAACUCUCUGGUGUUUGUGCUCAUGGACCUGGAGUAUCUCAUCUGCUUCUACAUAUUCGAGCUGCAGUGGGCCGACAGCGAGGGGCUGCUGCCCAGUCUGAAAGACCCUGGGGACUACGUGUGCCACAGCUACUCGUAUGGCCUGCGGGCGGUCAUCCAGUGUCUGCCCGCCUGGUUCCGCUUCAUCCAGUGUCUGCGGCGCUACCGGGACACCAAGAGGGCCUUCCCACACCUGGUGAACGCCGGGAAAUACUCCACCACCUUCUUCGUGGUCACCUUCGCAGCCCUGUACGCCACACACAGAGAACAAGGCCACACGGACGCUGACAUGUUCUUCUACCUGCUAGUGGUCUUCUCCACCAUCAGCUCCCUCUACACGCUGAUCUGGGACCUGCGCAUGGACUGGGGUCUGUUCGACCGUGGAGCCGGGGAGAACACCUUCCUGAGAGAGGAGAUCGUUUACCCUCACAAGGCGUACUACUACUGUGCCAUCAUUCAGGACGUGAUCCUGCGCUUUGCCUGGACCAUCCAGAUCUCUCUGACCACCAUGACCAGGAUCCACUCGGUGGGGGACAUCGUGGCCACCGUUCUGGCUCCUCUUGAAGUUUUCAGGCGGUUUGUUUGGAACUUCUUCCGUCUGGAGAACGAGCACCUGAACAACUGCGGCGAGUUCCGGGCGGUGCGGGACAUCUCCGUGGCGCCGCUGAACGCCGAUGACCAGACGCUGCUGGAGCAGAUGAUGGACCAGGACGACGGGGUCCGGAACCGCUCGGGGAAGAAGACCUGGAAGCGCUCCUACAGCCUGUCGCUGCGGCGCCCCCUACUGUCCUCCUCACAAUCGAAGAAAGACACAAAGGUGCUGAUCGAAGACACGGAUGAUGAGGCCUUCAGCUGAGGCCACAGCAUCAGCUCAUAUCCGCCCCACACGUUGCCAUGCUAUACUCAUAAGGACCCCCUCUGUUAAUGCCUAACUCUAAAGCUUCCUCCUCACAGUUUAAAGAGCAGGCCCUCCUUCAGAGUACACCUUUAAAUCCGAGAGGACAGCCAGACUGUCCCUACCUUUGUAGAAGAUACCUCAUCUUUAGACCCUUGUUAAGAGAGUUGGUCUUUAUAAGUAUAGAAAACACACAUUAUAAUGAAGAGAGAGACACACUGACAUACACACACAGGAAGACGAGCCUGCCGAAGCACAAGCUUAGCGACGAUGGCCCACAGUCACACACACGGACACACACACGGACACACAU